AUGAUGGGCGCUCUACACACUGCCUUGAGGCUCCUUACACAGUCUGUUCGUCAGACCCGAAUCCCUGCAGAAAUAAUAAAUCUCGCCGAUCUUCUGGUGCUCGACAUCCAGGCAAAGGUCUUGCCGCCCAGCUAUGAUGCCCACUUGCAUCUGCUGAGUUUCUACAAAGAGUCGGCUGCUUUUGAAAAAGGCAAUGCUUUCUGGUCGUGGCUGCUAAAGCAGGGCGACGACUACGUCAAUGCCAACCUAUACGGUGUUGCUCUCGAGUUAUUUGCUUUCCAAGGUCGUCCUGCUGAGGAUACCGAAGCCCUGUAUGAGAAGGCUCUUGCUCGCUUCCCUGGUGUCUUCCUUGAAUACCAUCUUGCUCACAAUGCCGUAAUCGCCGAUCGCUCUCAGCCCACUGCCAUAUCAGGAAUUCCAAGGGCUCUUCUGCAAGGCAUCUUGACCGCCCGCAUCUUACGUGGUGAUGCUAAGAAUGCCUAUCUUACUCUAGACACCACUCUAAGGCUCUUCCCGACUCAUGUUCCUUCGCGCUUCAUCACUCUCUUUGUCCAGGAGCGUCCUCUUGACGAAGCCUACAAAGUCUUCUUCCUGGCUUGCCGAGCUGGUGCCACGCCUGGUCAUGAUGCUCUGAAGAUUCUUCUCACUAGGAUGAGAAAGGUCGCUGCACUUAGCCCCACUGAGAAUGCUGCUGUUCUACGUGCGAUGGUAAUGGCUUGCUACGCUCACACCACUUCCGGUGCUGCUUUGAACAACAAGUCUCUCAAUGAACUUGUCAUUGCCAUUACUGGCUCUUUGAAGGACCACGUCUAUACCAAGAAGUCCUCCGAUCAAUUGAGACCUGUCACGGAUGCCAUAAGUGCUCUGAUCGCUGAUCUGUUCGGUGUUUGGGCCGCCCAGAAUUCGCCUCCUGGCAUUGCAUCAUUCAACUCCAUGAUUGCUAACCUUGCGGGUCGAGGCAAACGCAAGGAUAUCCUCGAUCAGACUCUUGAAACCAUGCAACACAUUGGGCUCAAACCCAACACAGUCACUCUUCGUUCCAUCUUAGCAGCCGCAGGUGACAUGAACGACGCUGAAGCAAUACGCUCCGCAUGGACUGACUUGGUUGCCAAUCGCAUAGCCACAGGCGCUGCUCUUGAACUAGUAGACUGGCAGAAUCUGUUGAACGCCGCUAGACGCAUCAACGACCCGGAAUACGUACAGCAACAGCUGAUCAACUUCCAACACAUUGUGCCUCAUCACAUUCUGGACCGCAUGAGUACCGCGCUUCAGGGUGAGAACUUCUCGAGGCUACAGAAGGAGAACCAGAAUGUCUCACAAGAGUCGACGAUGGCAACAGCAGAACUGCUGAAGGUCAUCGAAGUACUGCAGCGCGACGUCAAAUACAUGGCUGAGAAUGCGCAAUCAGGUCGCAACUUCUAUGAAGAUCCCUUAUCUUUAUCUUUGGCCAAGCACUCUGGCGUGUACGCCAAUGUACCGGAACAACAUAUCCGUACAGUUUACGAUGAGAUGACGACCGAUACUCCAGCUCUCGAGAUUCUUCCUGAGUCAUCUCCAGAGCCUGAGGCAGAGAAACAGCCCGCAGCCAUGAGUCCAACAGGUUUCCCGCUUGAUGAACUCCGAUACGAAAACUGGAAGACAAUCAACGAGCUGUUGUUUGAUGCAAGACUACAUGAUCAACAAUACAUGGAUAUCGUCGACGAAUCCAUCAAGCUUGGUACACCACCACCAAGCCGCGACAUGGAAUUGGGCAACGUGCCAAAGCUUGCAGAAUUCGCAGGCCUGAGCGACCCUACUUCGAAGCACGCUAAUGAUAGGCAAGACACUCUCAAUGACAAACAAGUCACACUCGACGAGUUCCGUGAGAAGAUCUACGAACUUCGCGGUCGCAAGGCUUGA